AUGAUCGAGAAUGAAUGUAAAUCAUUUGAAAAUUUACUACCUACAACUACAACUAAACAAUCACAUACACAGUUUCCCGAACAUUUUGAAAAACAUCGUAAUGAACUUCAUCGUGAAUUGGCCAUGCGUUGGCCACUUCGUACUAAUGUGCUAGAUUCUAUAUCGAUACCACCGACUAUUUCUAAAUCUACUGCUCAUUCAAAUAUGCGUGAUGGUAAUAAAUCAAAUAUGACACUCGGUGAUAAUGAUAAUCUACGAUCGAAUAAUUAA